AUGCUAAAAUUUAGCACCGUAUUUUGUCUUGCUCUCAAGGAGACAAUAAUGGAAUAUUUGAAAAAUACCAGCCUUAGCGGAUUUCAUUUGUUAUACUAUAUAUGUGGCGAUAAAUAUCAACGAAUUUGUUGGUCCUUCUUUCUGUUGACUGGUAUUAUCAGCGCAACGUAUGUAACGUUGAUAAACGUAGAAAAUAUAUUGGAGAACCCGAUUGUGACCACCUUGGAAUCUAAUCAUCAUAGAAUUGAGAAAGUGCCAUAUGCGGCAGUGGCUAUUUGCAGUGUCAACAAAUUUAGUCGAAGCGCUGUAAACGCUUUUGUAGAAGAAAUGUACGUAGAAGGUGAUGGUAUUCACAAUGGACUCACUUUACUUCUAAAUACGUCCAAAGCCGAUUUCUUUAUGACGGAUCGCAGCUUUGCCGGUUUUACAGCGCAAAUAUUCAGUUCUGGCCAAUUCCCCGACAAAUCGAUUGGCGGUCCCCUUAAGGAAAUCUUUAUAUCACAGUCUAGUGCCAUUGAUAUACAAUUGAGUGUGUCGGUGCAAACAGCGACAAGUGAAAUGGGAAUCUACAAUAUUGAGCAAAGAAAGUGUUAUCUCUUUGGGGAAAAUGUCGCUGGAGGGGAUGACCAAUACAGUACAGACAAAUGUGUUUCACUUUGUAAAGUGUGUGGCGUGUUACGCAUUUGCGGUUGUGUACCGUAUUACAUAUCUUUGAUUCUUGAUGAAAACAAUGAUACACUCUGUACACUGGCACAUUUGGAAUGUUUGCAUAGGAAUCGAGUUACUUUAAAUACGUUCAGUCUCAUCGACAGUGGUAAACAAGGGGCCCUGACAAACCGUUCACUUCAAUGUUCCCAAUGUUUGCCACUGUGUAAUUUUUAUGCUUACGGCACACGACGUCAAACGAUAUUAUUAAAGAAAGCGUAUCUACUAACAAUAAAUCAAGAAUUUCUCAAAUUAAUUGGUAGGCAAGAAAGUGACGGCAAAUCUAAUUACACGUAUGAGUCGUUAGUCGCUUUGAUAAAACAUACGGAUGAUCUGAGUAUUGUGAGAAUCUAUUUUGAUUCUACGUACGCUAUACUAUAUGCAAAACGCUCACUCUACAAUUGGUUAGAAAUUUUAUCAAAUAUUGGUGGAGUCAUUGGCAUUUUUGUGGGCUGCUCUCUAAUUAGUGCAUUUGAAGUUAUCUACUUUUUCAUCGUAAAGUUGAUACAUAACAUUCGAAAAUAUUACUGA